GCGUGUUUGAUUUGCACACGACACCUCGGCAACCAUUACAGUGCAAUUCUCGGCGAUCUCUGCUACAACAAGCACUUUCCGGUGAAAUAUUCAGCUGUUGAAACAUGUCUAUCAAAGCAGUUUGUGUGCUGAGAGGUGAUUCGGAAGUCAAGGGAACAGUAUACUUCUCACAGGGAGAUGCAGACAGUCCAGUGAAAGUGACGGGCUCCAUCACGGGCCUGACAGAGGGCAAACAUGGCUUCCACGUUCAUCAGUUCGGGGACAACACAAAUGGCUGUACCAGUGCCGGGUCCCACUUCAACCCUUUCGGCAAGACCCAUGGAGCGCCAGAAGACGAAAUCAGACAUGCUGGUGACCUUGGCAACAUUACUGCUGACCCAUCAGGAGAGGCAAAAAUCGACAUCGCGGACAAGAUCAUAAGUUUGACUGGGGACAAAUCAAUCAUUGGCAGAACUAUUGUUGUCCAUGCUGGAGUGGAUGACCUGGGCAAGGGAGGCAAUGAAGAAAGCCUGAAGACAGGGAAUGCUGGUGGUCGACAGGCCUGUGGUGUGAUCGGCAUCACCAAGUGACCAAAGUGUUGAAUCAGUUGUUGUGUCAGCACCAUGUGGUGUCUUACCGCUAGCAUAGGUGGGAAUUUGUUGUACCAGAUGAAGUUUAUUUGUUGUUUGUCGGGCAUUAUCGCACAAGUUCACAAUUGUUACUGCUAAAUAAGUAUUCCAAACGUUAACUUUUUUUUCAAAUGGUGGACAUUUCGUGUAGCUAAUAAAUCUAUCUAAUAAGACCGACAAGCCAUUUUCAAAUUCAUAAGUUGGAGGUUUUUUUUGUUCAGGUGAACUAGAAUAUUUGUGUUUAUAUGCUCUAGGUCGGACACGCUACUCUUCAUUCCAAGACUAUAUCUAGACUGAUUGUAUAUCCCUGAGCUAGCUAUUAAGAGUACUUACUGUUGAAUCUUUGAUGUUUGAAUUCCAUAAUGUGGAACAAUGUUGCACCUUUUGGUGUGGGGUGAUCACUGUCUUAUCAAAGAGAAUAAAUCCUACUGUUGUAUA